GACCGUGAUGGGAUCAUCACUGCCCUGCCGCCCUUGUCGGUGUCGGGCAUGUUAACUCCGGCUUUCCGCUGCUCGAGCUAUAAAGUCUCAAGAAACCGGCCUCCUUGUUUUCUAUUCCCUAUCUUGAUAAAAUUGCUAAUUUGACAAAAUUGGGCUUGGGUGUCCUUCAAAUAUUGUCCAUUUUUUUCCCCUGUAGAACAAAGUGCACAUCAACUUUCUGCUGCCUUUUUUAGCGAACCCAGCUUCAUUAUACCCCCCACCAACAUCUCAACAUGUCUGUGACGCCGUACAAGAUCAACGUCCCCGAGGACAAAAUAACUCGACUCAAGCAAAAGCUGGCUGCCGCCGAGCUGCCGGAUGAGCUCGAGGACGCGGGCUGGGACAUGGGGUCUCCGCUGGCCGACGUCAAGCGGCUGGCCAAGUACUGGCGCGACGAGUUCGACUGGCGGCAGGCCGAGGCGGAGCUCAACCAGAUGCCGCAGUUCACGACGACGAUGCAGAUCGAGGGCUUCGACCCGAUAGAGUUGCACUUUGUGCACGCCAAGAGCAGCCGGCCCAACGCGGUGCCGCUGCUCUUCUGCCACGGGUGGCCCGGUUCGUUCGAGGAGGUCUCCAAGCUGCUGCCGCUGCUGGUGGACGGAGGCGGCAGCGACGACAAGCCCGCGUUUGACGUGGUGGCGCCGUCCCUGCCCGGGUUUGGCUUCUCGUCCGGGGUGAAGAAGCGGGGCUUCUCGGCGAUGGAGAUGGCCGAGGUCUCCAACAAGCUCAUGACCGAGGUGCUGGGCUACGACCAGUACGUGACCCAGGGCGGCGACCUCGGGUACUUUGUCACCAGGUGCAUGGGAUACAGCUUCCCGGAGCACUGCCGGGCGAGCCACUACAACGUCGCCGGCCCGCAGCCGCCCAGCGAGACGUACUUUCCAGAGCUGUACAAGCAAGACCAGGCGGCGCCGCGGACGCAGGCGGAACUCGAGGGUCUCGCGCGCAGCGAGUGGUUCCAAAAGGAGGGCUCGGGCUACAGGAUGCUGCACAUGAGCAAGCCGCAGACGCCCGGGUACGCGCUGACCGACUCGCCGGUGGGGCUGCUGGCCUGGAUCUACGAGAAGCUGCACGACUGGAGCGACGGCUGCCCCUUUACCGACUACGACGUGUGCAAGUGGGUCAGCAUCUACUGGUUCAGCAGGGCCGGUCCCGCGGCGUCGCUGCGCAUCUACUACGAGAUGGCGCACGAGACGAGGCCCGUCUCCUCCGGCACCAUCACCUUUGCCACCUACCUCGAGGGCGUCAAGCUGGGCUUCGGCCUGUUCCCCAAGGACCUCGCCGUCCUGCCGCUGCUUUGGAACAAGACCCUGGGCGACGUGGUGCUCAACAAGCUGCACGAGUCGGGCGGCCACUUUGCCUCCUUUGAGAGGCCCCAGGAGCUCGCUGCUGACUUGUACGAGAUGUUUGGCCAAGGUGGGGCCGCCUAUGCAGUGGUAAAGGGCAGGACGGGAUAUGCUUGAGAAUCUUGAGAACUUUGAGAAUCAUGAGCCA